AUGUUGUUGAUUUCGAUAGCAGCUGUGAUUGCUUUAGCAAAUAUUGAGGUGGUAUCAAGCAAAAUUAUACAUAAUACUGAUGAAGAAGUUAAUAUUGAUAGUAAUCGAGGAACACCGAUCGAUCAGAUGAAAGAUAUUCGUCAGUCAUUGUUGAUUGGUGGCAAACAUGACGUGGAACAAAUUGAUAGUAUGGAAUUUGAGGAUAUGUCAUGGCGUGCUGCAAUCGAAAUGAAUCGAGCAUCAAAUGAUGCCUAUCAUUGGAUACCCGUGAAAGUUUUACGUAUAACAUCACAAGUAGUAGCUGGCAUCAAAUAUGUCCUUGAUGUUCUUGUGGCACAAUCAAAUUGUUCCAAAAAUUCAGUUUCUCAUAAUGAUAUACGACGAACUGUGGAUUGCAAGAAAACUGCAAGUUACGAACAACAAGUUUGCAGAUUUGAAAUAUAUCAAAGGGCAUGGGAAAAUAUUGAAGAAAUAACAAAUAUUGGAUGUGAUAAGAAACACUUGGCUAAUUCUGAACGUCAGAUAGAGCCAAAAAUUGUUACGGAAGGACAUCGACUUCGCAAUAACAUGGAUAAAUUAGCCAUCAAAAGAUUUCGAAUUUAUAAGCGAAAUUUACGCUUGGCAAAAUUAUGGCAAACAAAUGAACAAGGUACAGCAGUUUAUGGUGAAACACCUUACAGUGAUAUGACCCAAGAAGAAUUCAGAAAGAUUAUGUUACCGUACAAAUGGCUUUUGGAUGAGAAUAGGAAACAUUUGGCAGAUUUAGUAGAAUAUGGCGUUGAUGUUGAUGAAAUACCUGAAUCGUUUGAUUGGCGUGACAAAGGUGUGGUAACGGAAGUCAAAAAUCAAGGCUCUUGUGGUAGUUGUUGGGCAUUUUCGGUGACAGGAAAUAUCGAAGGUGCCUGGGCAAUUAAAAAAGGUAAACUGAUAUCGUUAUCAGAGCAAGAGCUAGUUGAUUGUGAUAUUAUUGACCAAGGAUGCAUGGGUGGUGAACCGUUGAACGCUUAUAAGGAAAUAAUACGAAUGGGUGGAUUAGAAUCAGAAAAAGAUUACCCUUAUGAUGGUCGCGGUGAAAAAUGUCAUUUGGUACGAAAAGAUAUUGCUGUAUACAUUAACGGUUCCCUGCAACUGCCAGAUGAUGAGCGUAAAAUUGCAGCGUGGCUUGCUAAAAAAGGGCCCAUCUCGAUUGGUGUGAACGCUAGCCCAUUACAGUUCUAUCGGCAUGGAAUCUCACAUCCAUGGCAAAUAUUCUGUUCACCGCAACACUUAAAUCAUGGUGUUCUAAUUGUUGGUUAUGGCGAAGAAGCAAAUAAGCCAUACUGGAUUAUUAAGAAUAGCUGGGGCACAAAAUGGGGUGAAAACGGAUAUUAUCGAUUAUAUCGGGGCAAAAAUGUUUGCGGUGUUAAGGAAAUGGCUACAACUGCCAUUGUUCUAUGA